AUGGGCUGCGACGAUAUCGUCGGUAUGCUCGGCAAGCUUCUCCCCUAUGCUGAUCCGUCUACUUCGGCCGCCUGGAGCCCCAAUCCGUUUGGAGCGAUCGGAACCCGUCCGCGCACCGCUUCCGAUGCUUCUGAUGCGAGCAUUCGAUCGCUGAAACCAACCAACAACAAUUCGCCGUUCAAGCAUCCGAGCACCCCGGCCCGUCCGAUCGUCCCGCACUCGUCGAGCAUCUACACCCCGCCCGAAUCGCCGCCAAACCACAACUAUUUCCAGCCCAUGAACAUGCAAAAGGUGCUGAACACCCCGUGGCCGCAACAACAUCAGCAACAACACCAAAGUGUCUCCCCUCCAACCCAGAGGGGAUACCCCAAUUGGCCCCCAUUCUCGACGGCUUCUCCUCUGAAUAACUCGACCCCUCGUGCCACUCCCCCAAUGAUGCUCACCCCGCAGAAUAUCCGGAAUAUGCAUAACUACAACAACAUGCAAAUGGCGAUGCAAAAUGCCCAGCCACAACAGCAACAGGUGCAGCCGGCAUUCAACCGUCAAAUCUCGGAAGAGGACAUUGAGCAACAGAUUCUCGGCGAACUGAGCAAGAUGCGCACAAAUGUGCCAACUGACUAUGUGUGCCAUCGAUGCAACCAGAAGGGCCAUUGGAUCAAAUUCUGUCCGACGAAAGACCCAAGGAUGGAGAAGACACCCUAUCAGGGGGAUAGGCCUUCGACUGGAUUCUUUGCAUGUGAUGACUGUGGAAGGAAGUGGAAGGCUGAUGCCAGGAGGAACCAGAGCAUGACCUGCCGUGGAUGCCGCAAGCCAGUCUUCCCCUAUAAGAUGAUGAAGAAGGCAGAA